UGACGCCCAGACGGGUGACGUGACCUACCGCCGCUUGACUAAAUUCGAUAAGGACUACCAGUACCACGGGAAGAGCAUCUCGACAACCUUCAAGACCGACCCGAAGGGGAUGGACGACGUGAAGAAGGAGAGGAAGGCGCUGCCCCAGGAGUCCAGCUACUCUUCCUACUCGGACUCGAGCGACGAGUCGGAAGGCCAUGGCGACAAGCCUGGCCCAGCCUAUCCAGCUCGCUCGUCGCUGGCGAGUGGCUCCAAUCCUGACGCUGACUUGCUCGGGCAGCUUGUCAACACGAAGACCUUGCUCAAGGGGCUCAGGGUCGAGGCGAACCCGUGGCUGGCCCCCUUCAAGGCCAGCAUCGCCGAUAACCUGAGCGUGCUCGAGGCGUGCGAGGAGACGAUCACAGCCAAAAUCCAAGGGAGGUCGAUCGAGAACGCGAUGGAGAAGAAAGGGAUCACUGCGAGCCUCGAG